CCAUGCGGCUGCGGUGACGUCAGUGCCCUGGCAGCUGCUGCAGCUGGCGGAGACGAGCACACCAGGGCAUGUCAAGAUGUGGUUCCUGGCCGGCCCCCGGCUGCUGUCCGUGACGCUGCUGCUGCCCCGCAGCCUGCUGGUGGACUCGCACCUGCCGCAGCCGCAGCAGCUGGAGGAGGCGAUACGGGAGGGGGUGGCAGGGGGAGGCGGAGCAGCGGCAGCAGCAGCAGGGGGGCUGCAACUGGAGGUGGUGCGGGCGGCCUCGGUGACGCUGCCGGGGGGCAGGAGGCCGGCAAAUGUGUACCGGGUUACCCUGCCCGAGUCCCAGUACCGCGCCCUGGCCCCCCGCCUCUCCUCCGCCCUCUCCGCCCCCCACGUGGCGGGGGUGUACGAGGACCGGCUGCCCGCCACCCUGCCCGCGGUGUUGGCGCUGGGGG